AGAGGCGCAGUCCCUGAAGUUUGUUGUGGUGCGCGGCGUCCCGGAGGCCUGCGGCUGGGGGACCGGGUCGCGGUGCCGCCAUGGCGGUGCGACAGGCGUUGGGCCGGGGCCUACAGCUGGGUCGAGCGCUACUGCUGCGUUUCACGGCCAAGCCUGGCCCGGCCUAUGGCUGGGGACGGCCCGAGCGGCCGGGCCCCGCGGCGGGAUGGGGCCGCGGAGAACGCCGGGGUCAGACCGCGGGACCCGGCGCGGAGCCGCGCAGGCUCGGGCUCGGGCUGCCCGACCGCUACCGCUUCUUCCGCCAGUCGGUGGUCGGGCUGGCGGCGCGGCUCCAGCGGCAGUUCGCGGUGCGGGCCCGGGGUGGCGCGGGCCCUUGCGGCCGGGCCGUGUUUCUGGCCUUCGGUCUGGGCCUGGGCCUCAUCGAGGAGAAGCAGGCGGAGGGCCGGCGGGCGGCGUCGGCCUGUCAGGAGAUCCAGGCAAUUUUCACCCAGAAAAACAAGCUGCUCCCGGACCCACUGGACACCCGAUGCUGGCAGGGCUUCCGGCUGGAGGAGUAUGUGAUAGGACAGCCCAUUGGCAAGGGUUGCAGCGCAGCUGUGUACGAAGCCACCGUGCCUGUGCUGCCUCAGAGCCUGGAGGUGGCAAGGAGCAUCGGGCUUCUUCCUGGCAGAGGCCCAGAUACCGCUCCCCAGGAAGAGGAGCCGGCUGCCCGGGCCCCUGGCUUUCCCUUAGCCAUCAAGAUGAUGUGGAACAUCUCGGCAGGCUCUUCCAGUGAAGCCAUCUUGAGCACAAUGAGCCAGGAGCUAGUCCCAGCUGGCCGAGUGGCCUUGGCCGGGGAGUACGGAGCAGUCACUUACAGAAAGUCCAAGGGAAGUCCCAAGCAACUGGCCCCUCACCCCAACAUCAUCCGGGUCUUCCGUGCCUUCACCUCUUCUGUACCACUGCUGCCAGGGGCCCUGGUCGACUACCCUGAUGUGCUGCCGCCACGUCUUCACCCCCAAGGCCUGGGCCACGGGCGGACGCUCUUCCUCGUUAUGAAGAACUACCCCUGCACCCUGCGCCAGUACCUUCGUAUGAACACCCCGAGCCCCCGCCUCGCCACCGUGAUGAUCCUGCAGCUCCUGGAGGGGGUGGAUCACCUGGUUCAACAGGGCGUCGCGCACAGAGACUUGAAAUCUGACAACGUUCUCGUGGAGCUGGACGCAGAUGGCUGCCCCUGGUUGGUGAUCACAGAUUUUGGUUGCUGCCUGGCUGAUGAGCGCAUUGGCCUGCAGCUGCCUUUCACCAGCUGGUAUGUGGACCGGGGCGGAAACGGCUGCCUGAUGGCUCCUGAGGUGUCCACAGCCUGCCCGGGCCCCAGAGCAGUGAUUGACUACGGCAAAGCCGAUGCCUGGGCAGUGGGUGCACUCGCCUAUGAAAUCUUCGGGCUCUCUAAUCCCUUUUACGGCCAGGGCAGGGCCCACCUUGAAAGCCGCAGUUACCAGGAGGCUCAGCUGCCCGCACUGCCCAAGUCAGUGCCUCUAGAAGCAAGACAGUUGGUGAGGUCACUGCUCCAGCGAGAGGCCAGCAAGGAUCAUUCUUCCGUGAUCAUCACUGCAUGUGACUUGAGAGCCUCCUAAUCCCCGAGCUGGCGAGGAACCCAGGGAUACACGGAGAAGGACGCCAGAGUUCUCACACCCAAGAGGGCUAACAGAGAUUACAGUACCACAGAAGGGCCCUCAGAGCCAGGGCCAAACUCUUACACCAAACCCCCCUGCCUCCACCAGCACACGUAAGCCUGUGGGGCUUACCCUGAUAGGGGCAGAAAGGGUAGGACAGUGAUGUGGGGCAGGGCUUUAAACAACACUAAAUCUCAGAGAGACUUCUUGCCUUUCCAACGAUUUUCUAAGCUUGCUCCAUCAAAGAGAAUAUCUUAGUUUGAUACUGAUCUUAACACUUCUUUAACAUUUGCUAAUUGCCUUUAUAGUUCCUUCCACUGAAAGGUAAGGAUCCUGGUUUUCCAUUUUUAGUAGUGAUAUUGAGUUCACUACUAGCUUCCUUUUUAAAUGAUGUUACAGU